UGAGUUGACAACCCAUAGGAUACUGAUCAGACUGUUGAAAUAGUGGGCGAGUGAGGCAGCGCGAGAGAGCAAUCGAGCAACUGCGGUAUCUAGUAACGCCGCUGCAUCAAUGCAAGUGCAGUCCAUUGAGAGUCCAUGAAAUCGUUUUGUUUUAACGUCGACAUGACCAGUGGAACGUAAUAACAGAAGCAACUGAGCGUUGCAACCUGACAAGACUUGAUCGCAUCGUGAACUGUUUAUUCACAUAUUGAAAUCCCGUUCCUGAGAUUUUUAAUGGAAAAUGGCGAUAGGCAUACAGUCUUGCAGCAUCGUCUGCUCGGUAUCUUUCCAGAUUAUCUUGAUAUUCAAUGCACCGUGGCCUGGAGCGCAGGGUCUCACAUUCCCUCAGCAAUACACGAUAAUGCACUGGGCCAGGCGUAUCGAACAGGAGAUUGACAGAGUCUUCCAGCACAUCAGUGGAGCCCAGCAGCUGAAGUCGAUCUACAAUGAGAAAAUAAGGCAGUUCAGCCUGGUGAAGAAUUCACCCCGAGAAAUUGUGGAGAAGGUGGCCUCAGAUAUAGAGAAGCUGCUGACCAAGAAGAGGGAAGCUCUUGAUAAGCUGGCAAGAGAAGCAGAGCGCCUUCAGAGGGAGCAUCCAUGGCAGGAUAGCAAGGAAUGGGACAUGAAGUAUUAUGACUCAAAGGCAGAGUUGGAUUAUUAUUCCUUACAGGAUGGUGAAGGGGAACCCAAAAAUCCCUAUCACCGAAAGUUGGAGUUUGUAUAUGACCCCUACUUCAAAAACAAUGUUAACUACUCUAGCACAGCAGUUCAGAUCCCCACAGACAUUUACAAAGGAGCUCCAGUGAUCCUGAAUGAGCUGAACUGGACUCAGGCAUUAGAAAAGGUGUUCAUUGAGAACAGUAGAGAGGAUCCCUCACUUCUCUGGCAAGCGUUUGGGAGUGCUACUGGAGUGACCCGUUACUACCCAGCCACACCUUGGAGAGCUCCUGAUAAGAUUGACCUAUAUGAUGUUAGGCGGAGACCCUGGUACAUCCAGGGGGCGUCAUCACCUAAAGACAUGGUUAUCCUUGUGGAUGUGAGUGGCAGUGUGAGUGGACUUACUCUGAAGCUCAUAAAGGCAUCAGUUAUGGAGAUGAUGGACACCUUGUCUGAUGAUGACUAUGUCAAUGUUGCCAGGUUUAAUGAGAAGGCAGAAGCUGUGGUCCCUUGCUUCACACACUUGGUUCAGGCCAAUGUCCGGAAUAAGAAGAUCUUCAAAGAGGCAGUGCAGCAAAUGCAAGCUAAAGGCACCACAGACUACAAGUCUGGCUUUCAUUUUGCCUUCCAUCAGCUUUUAAAUAAGACUAAUGUUCCAAGAGCCAACUGCAACAAAAUAAUCAUGCUGUUUACUGAUGGUGGGGAGGACAGAGCUCAGGAUAUCUUUGAGCAGUAUAACAGGCCAAACAGGACGGUACGAGUGUUCACAUUCUCUGUGGGGCAACACAACUAUGAUGUCACACCCUUGCAGUGGAUUGCCUGUGCCAAUAAAGGUUACUAUUUUGAGAUCCGCUCCAUCUGUGCCAUAAGGAUUAACACCCAGGAAUACCUGGACGUGUUGGGCCGCCCUAUGGUUCUGGCAGGCAGCGUUGCUAAGCAAGUUCAAUGGACAAAUGUCUAUCAAGAUGCAUUGGGUCUGGGGCUCGUUGUGACUGGGACUAUGCCUGUAUUUAAUCUGACGGUGGAAGGCAACUCACAGAAUCAACUCAUAUUAGGAGUCAUGGGAGUGGAUGUACAUCUGGAUGAAAUAAAGAGGCUAACACCGCGAUACAAUCUUGGAGCAAAUGGAUAUAUUUUUGCUAUUGAUCCAAAUGGAUACCUUCUUCUGCACCCCAACCUUCACCAAAAGCUUGUGGAUCUCCCAGAGCCUGUAACACUUGACUUCCUGGAUGCAGAGGUGGAGGACAGCAGCAAACAGGAGAUCCGUAGACAAAUGAUUGAUGGAAGGCCUGGUGAAACCCAGAUAAAGACGCUCAUCAAAUCCAUGGAUGAGCAAUAUAUUGAUGAAGCAUUUCGAACUUACACUUGGACACCAAUUAAUGGCACAGAUUACAGCCUGGGUUUAGUACUGCCUACCUACAGUGAAUACUUCAUCCAGGCAGACUUGAGUGAUGUGAUGCUGCAGCUUAAGUAUCUACAAUCACUGCUGCCCAGCUCCUUUGAAGAAGGAGGUCAUGUGUUUCUGGCUCCCAGAGAAUACUGCAAGCGCCUGCAUAUCUCUGACAACAACACACAGUUUCUGGAGAACUUUGUGUCCCUCAUGGUAGAGAUUACCCUGGAGUCUGAAGAUUGUGAUCAAGGCCUCAUCCACAACCUGAUCUUGGAUUCUGGAAUCAUGUGGCAGCUUGCAUCCAGAGUGUGGAAGAACAAGGAUCUAAAUUCGUAUGGCUUCCUGGCUUUAUUUGCUGCAACAGAUGGGGGAAUUACUCGGGUUUUUCCAAACAGUGCUGCUGAGUCAUGGGAUGAGGACCCGGAGCCCUUCAAUUCCAACUAUUAUCGCCGCAGCCUGGACAACAAGGGAUACAUGUUUAGACCACCUCUUAGAGCCUCAAUGGAGGAGGCAGCAAGCUCAGAGAAUGGCUCUUUAGGGAUUCUGGUCAGCUCCUCAGUGGAAGUUCAUUUUGGAGUCAAGAUUCUGAAACCAGCAGUGGUGGGAGUGAAACUGGACUUUGAAGCUUGGGUAGAUAAGUUUAAGAUCUUGGCAAGCAAUGUUUCAGACAGUCGCCAGGGCUCACACAAGUGUGGUCCUUCCAGAAGCUGUGAGAUGGACUGUGAAGCUAACACUGAUGACCUUCUGUGUUAUCUGAUUGACGAUGGUGGGUUCCUGGUCAUGUCUAAUCAGAGGGAUCACUGGAAAAAGGUGGGCCUUUUCUUUGGUGAAGUGGACCCCUUCCUGAUGCACGCCUUGUACAACAACUCCAUCUACGCCCGACGCCAGUCCUUCCAAUACCAGUCAGCCUGUGAGCCUGUCAGCAGCAGCCACACAGGCGCUGCACCGAGGGGCAUUUUUGUGCCCUCAAUUGCAGACAUCCUGAGUCUGGCCUGGUGGAGUUCAGCAAUGGCAUGGUCUUUAAUGCAGCAGCUACUCUAUGGAUUGGCUUACAACAGUUGGCUUUACUCAGGCGAUAUUCUGGCUGAAGGGUUCGAUAUCAGGGAAAGCAGCUGUGUUACCAUCCAAAGUCAGUUUUACUUCACCAAUACUACCAACUCAUACAAUGUGCUGCAAGAUUGCGGAAACUGCUCCAGGUUGUUCCACGCUAAGAGAAUAGACAACACCAACCUGCUUUUUGUAGUGGCUGAAACAUUGCCCUGCAGCUCCUGUGAGAUAGAGAAACUGACCCAGAGCAGGACAGAAUUUCAAGAGGAGAACCCCUGUGAGGUUUUGAGCUCUGCACGUUAUCGUAAAGGACCGCCUAACUGCUUUGACUACAGUGCUGGGGAGAACACUACUGAGUGUGGGCGAGGCCAUUCCCUUCAGACUUCCGUUAGAAUCCUAAUUUCUGUUCAGUUGAUCCUGGUUCUCCUUUGUCUCGUACACCUGGGUUAGAUCCAAGUCAAGGUCAUAUUCCUGCCAUUUCCGUAACUUUUUUUCAUGUUACACAUACUGUAAUCACCUCAGGUCAUUUUUGACCUCUGCCAAAACAAUAGGUAUGGUGUCUUCCACAAAUGAAAAUGUAUGUGCAUCCUUCCUUUCUACCUUGCCAUUCUGCCAUCUUAAACCUCGAGAUUUUUAUGACAGAGGGAUUAACUUUAAUUAUGCAUAUCUCUGAAAAACACUCAAUUAGUUUACUUUAAUGCUUCCACAAAAGCUUGGUAGGAUUGACGUGCUUCCAAAAGCCAAGAAGGCUCUGAGAGAUCAAAACUUUGAUAAGAAUAGUUAGUCAGUUGUCGAAUACACAUUUUGGUCUCUUUAAA